AUGAGAAUAAGAAAAACAUGGUGUACACUGUGUCGCGAAAACUUUGAAGAUGGAGACGAAUGCAUCCAAUGCAAACAGUGUAAGAAGAAGUUUCACAGGGAGUGCCUGCAGGCGGAAGGCCUAAUCGACAACGAAAUUUUGAAAGAUAUAAAAAAUUACCUCUGCUACCAGUGCAUGAAUGAGGAUGAUGAUAUACCAGAAAAUGAAGACAGGUGUAAAAUAUGCCGAGAAAAAUCGUCCAACUUAAUUUUAUUACUAUGUGAUGGGUGUCCAAAUAGCUACCAUGUGACCUGCCUAGGGCUGCAGGCAGAACCGGAGUCCGAAAAAUGGUUUUGCCCUGUGUGUAAACCGGAGGAACAUAAAAACCUGGAUGUGAGACGGAUGCGGAAAGGAUUUGCCAUUGACAAUAUGAAUGGAGAGCACGUAAACUCGUCCACGUGUUAUGUAUGCCAGAGACCGGGGAAAUUACUUGGCUGUGAUUUCUGCCCCAAUUCAUUUCACCCUACGUGUUUACCCGAUCUCGAUUUUGAUAAUAUUUCAGAUCAGUGGGAAUGCCCGUGUUGCAAGAAUGAAGACCCUUUACUAAACCAGGGGCAUAAGAGGUGGACCAAAAAUGAAAUUCAGGAAAUUAUGAAAAAAAGACAAAGAGAGCUAAGCUUCUGGAGAUCUAAAAUUAUAAAAUAUCGAAAUCGAUUUUUGCUAGCACAUAGGAAGGAUUUGCAACCCUUUGUGAAUCCUAGAGUGUUUGCAAAUCUUACCAAGACGUUUAAAAAUGAUUUUUACAAUUCGAGGAGCAGCCACACUAAUGCGUAUAGCAGUGGAGGGAGAAAAGGAGGGAAACACAACGACUCGGAUAGGAACUACCAUCACGGGAGUAACUCCAGGAAGGAUGUAGAUAUGGAUUCGAAAGAAUUCGACGAAUAUAUUUCAUCCCUUGAAGAUGAAGCGAAUGAAAAUGCUUGCAAAUUUAUCGAGUCUGUAUUUUUAAGUGUAUACUACCCGAAUGGACGGAAAAUCGAGCGCCGACCACUGGUGGAUAAUGUACAGUUAAAACCGCAUCAGGAGGACGGUGUCGAAUGGUUAUUAAAAUCGUUCCUCACAGGAGGAGCUAUCCUAGCGGACGAAAUGGGACUAGGAAAAACCAUACAAACUUUGUGUUUUCUGUCCUAUUUAAAAUGUAACAAAAUCGAUGGUCCCCAUUUGAUCGUCGUGCCGUUAUCCACUGUUGGCAAUUGGCUCCGGGAGAUUCACAGAUUUACUCCCCAUCUUACGUGCAUCAAAAUAUGCGGUUCGAAAAAUGAAAGAACGCAUGCGAAGGAGGAUCGACUAGCCGAGAAGGGGCUCUACGACUUGUACGUAACCACCUACGAAACGGUAAAAAAUGAGGAGGAGUUCUUCGUGGAAACCAUUCCCAAGUGGCAAUGCAUAGUUCUGGAUGAAGCCCACAGAAUAAAAAACCAAAGUGGGGCCAUCCGACACUCGAUGGAUAGAGUCGUCGGGAACAUGCGAUUGUUGCUCACGGGGACUCCACUGCAGAACAAUUCAGCGGAGCUAUUUACCCUCAUCAAUUUUAUGUUCCCAGAUAUAUUUAAAAAUUCAGAAAUUAUCGAGCAGGCCUUCAUGAAUGCAUCUCAGCAGAGCACCGCCGCGGGCAGCAGUCACAGCGGCAGUGCCAGCAACCAUCAAAAGAGUAGCACCAACAUGAAGAAUAAAAAUAAUAAGGAGGAUAAAAAUAGCCAAAAUGGGAACGCAGCAGGGAGUGGAUCCAAGCUUAACGUCAACAUAGGAAAUAUCGACCUUAAGUCGGCCAUCAAGGAGGAGGAUCUAAAAUCCAUACGGUGUCUUUUAGACAAAAUUAUGCUCAGAAGGUUAAAGGAACAGGCUAUUACCCUACCGAGAAAGAUCUUCCACGAUGUGUGGUUACCCUUGGGGACACUGUCUGCUCACUGGUAUAAGAGGCUGCUGGACAUUCGAUCCAUGGUGGAGGAAAAAGUGAGCGUCAAGAAGCUACUUGGGCUGGUGAUAAAAAUGAGAAUCAUUUGUGGCCACCCCAAAGGAAUCGUCAGUCGACCCUCCCAAAUGGAAAAGCUUUUUGCAUUUUUCGAAGAAGAGAGUGAAGAAGUAAAAGAGCAAGUAAAAAAUGAUGCGUUAAAGUUGAAGCACAUCUCUGGAGAGGAACACAUCGAGUCCUCCUCCAAGCUUAUCUUCAUCGACAAGCUAUUGUGCCAACUGCAUUAUGAAAACUGUAAAUAUGUGAAGAACUACUCCUCCAGUUUUGACAAGCACAAGAAGGAAGUGGCUGCCUACAGGUACCACAAAAUUCAGGAGCAAAAUAAUGCCCAGAAGAAAAAGAGGGAACAUUCUGGGAAGUUUAAAAAGAUAGAAGCGUUGGAAAGUAGCCCCCUAUUUAUUGAAAUUCUGAAUCAAGGCAAAUUUGAUUUGAAACCCACCUCCGAAAAUGAAGAUAUGCUUAAAGGCUUCAUGCACACCGUGGCCAUUGAUAAUGAAUGCCCCUAUAAAAAAAAAAGAUGCAUCUACGAUAAGGUCAGAGAUUUUAUCAAAAAUAGUGCCGCCAAUGGGGGUGGGAAAUCCAUUGUAAGGAGGGCCAAAAUUUUGAAGCACGACAAUCACUCGUAUGACCUGUCUGACUACAACUACCGGGGGAGUUCUGGCCAGGGGGGUGCAAACGGGAAAAGCGCCUAUGAUGAGAAUAAUCUGUCCAAUGAGGACCCCGAGGAGGAGGAAGAGGAGGAAGAAGACGAGGAGGAGGUUCGAAAAAAUUGCAAAAGCGACAGCGGGGGGGACGACCCCGAGGAGGAUGACGACGAUGAGGAUGAGGAGCAAGAUAACGACGAGGAUGAGGAGCAGGAGGAGCACCAGCCGCAGCAAGCCAAGCAGCAGUCCCAGGGGGAAGAGGACGAAGAGGAGGAGGAGAACGAGGAGGACCAGGACAAUGACGAAGAUGAUCAAGAGAACGACGAGGAGGAGCAGGACAACGACGAGGAUGAUGAUAAGAGCGGCAAGAAUAAGGACAGCCAUAAGGGGAACACAAAGGAAAGCACCAACACCCUGUUCGAUAGCAACGAGGAGGUUGAAGAGGAGGAAGACUCCGACGAGGAGAAGGACGAAGCGGAGGAGUCCGAGCGCGAUGAGGACAAAGCGGAGGUGAAGCACGAGCUGAGUGGCGAGCCGAAUGGAGAUGCAAAUGACGGCGCGAAUGAUAAAGCCCAAAACAUCGUCACCCUCGGGAAGAACUGCAAAAUGAUGAACAUCAAGGAGUUCUUUAAAACGCAGAAGAAGGACUCCUCCAGCAGCUUGGACAAGUCCAACGAGCAGUCCACGAAGGUGUCCGAUAAGGGCGAUUCGAGGAGGGCCGAGUUGGAGGACGCGAAAAAGGAGGAAGAAGAGGACGAAGAGGCGGGGGGAGAAAAUUCCUGCUCGAACAGCAAAACGGAAAGCGAGGAGAAGUCCAAACGCACAGAUGCACUGACCCAGAAGAAGGAGGAAGGGCCAGACCAACAAAACGCAACAGAAUUUCAGGCAGAUGGAGAGAUCAGCCCAAAGGAUAAUAACCCCAGCAGCAGAUCAGCCAAUGAGGGGAAGGAGGACAAUGGAACGGAGGACAAGCCCAACAAAGGAGAAAUCAAAAUGCACAAGGUGCUAAUCUUUACCCAAUUCCAGUUGGUCCUAGACGAGCUGGAAGAAUAUUGCAAAUACAGGUGCUGGAAGUAUAUGCGGUUGGACGGGUCGACGAACAAACUGAUUAGAGAAUUGGACAUUCGGGAGUUUAACCUAAGUGAUAGCAUUUACUUUAUUUACCUAAUUAGCACCAGGGCAGGAGGACUGGGAAUCAAUUUAACGGCAGCCAACCAUGUAAUUAUGUAUGAUGAAGAUUGGAACCCCUUUAUCGAUUUGCAGGCCAUCGAUAGAGCCCACCGUAUCGGCCAGAAGAGGGAAGUCAACGUGUGGAAGCUCAUGACGGAGUGGACUGUAGAGGAAAGAAUGGCCUUUAGAAGAGAGCAAAAAUUAAAGCUAGAUAAACUUGUAGUUCAAACGCAGGAUGAUGAAGAUAUGCUUGACAACUUUGAGGAGAAACUCUCCUCAGAUGAGAUUAGGAAGCUAAUGUUGCAUGGGAAGGCAGCCAUACAGAAUAUGAACGUAGAAAACACGAACAAUUUUCCCCUCGAAUUUUUCAUUGAAAGGGGAAGAAGAAAGCUGCCCAUUAUCAACGGGGUAGACUUAGAAAAGGAGGAAAAAACUACCAUAGAACAAGAGGUAAAUAAUAAUAACAAUGGGGGAGAAACGGGAGAUGGAAAUAUUUGCAUUCAGAAGGGAAGGGGUGGUGGAAAUGGGGAAGACAGCGAGGUGGAUGAUGACGAUGGAGCUGAUAACGAUGAUGAGGAAAACGGAAUAGACAUAGAUGAAGUGAUGAUGGAUGAAGCGGAAGAACUCGAAAUGGGACUCAACACUGCUAACAAUAUGAAUGAUAAUAGUCCCCUCUACGGAGAAGGAAACGACCAGGUGUACGUCACAGGUGGGGGCUCCAAAUCGAAGGGAGGUCUUCUAAAAGAUGGCAACGCUGCAGGGAGUGGAAGCGGAGCGGGAGGGCAUCUCACUUCGCAGUACAGCUCGACCAACCUAAAUGGCACUACCGGUGGUGGCAAUGCCGCAGGAGGGACUGGAGGUUCGGAUACUACCCUGUGGAGAUCCGUAAGGGAGAGGAAGAAGCCACAAAAUAUGUACACACCAGAGUACUGGGGAAGAAAACAAGAGGUGAAACAAAUCAAGCACGAGUACCGAUGCUUCAUUUGUAAUAAUACGAAAAAUUACAAAGCGGUGGUGAAGGACCGAAAUAAUAACGACAUUGAAAUUGACUACGGAGAUAUGAUCAACUGCUUUCGAUGCCCCAAAACGUAUCAUAAGUUAUGUGAAGGUAUUAAGGAUGAAAAUGUGAAGAAGACUUGGACUUGCAGCUGGCAUGAGUGCUGCCUCUGUUUUAGGAAAUCAUCCCAAUGUGGUAAUUUACUAAUCCAUUGUGCUACGUGUCCUACUAGCUUUUGCUAUAAUUGCUUCCCCCCAGAUUAUGUACGCUACUACGUUGGCGAGGAGUAUUAUCACAAUUUACGCCAGAGGGGAGUGAACUUCACGCCGCAAAACUGGGUGUGCUUCCUAUGUUCCAAGUGUAAGGCGGUGGAGGAGCAGAAGAAGAGAAGGAAGAUGACCAAGGAGGAGAGAGAAAACGAGAAGCAACUACAGAAGGAGUUGAGAAGCCAACUGCAUGAUAGCAAACAGGAAGAGUUAGAAGCCAAGAAGAGAAAGAGAGCACAACAAAUGGAGAGAGACAAAUUCAUCAUAGAAAAUAGAAAAAGAAUUGAUGCUUUAGAUCAGAAAUAUGAGUCGCAACUCAGAAGUGCGUAUGAAAAUUUAUUCCCCGUCAAUUUUGUGAAAGAAUUAAUCAACCGAAUAGAACAUGCCAAAGUGCUCAAGCAGAAGGGGAUAGAAGAUGACAACAAGGAAACGAAUAAGAAAAAGUCCACCACAUUUUUGCAUACCAAAUUGCCUCACAAGCUUCUCGUCCUUUGUGAAAACUGCAAACUGCCUUGUCAUGCCAAUUAUAAGUACCCAGGGCAGUGUUGUUACCCUUUGGAGUUGGACAAAUCAUAUUUUUACGCAAAUUCGUCGUUUAACCAGUCCGCCCAUAAUAAGGAUGCCCCCCCUUCUGGGUGUAGCACUUCUGAGAAGAGAAUGGCUCUUAGUGGUAAGGACCCCUCGUCUCCCUUUUCUUCCGAAUUUAAGGAGAAAGCGGAACAUAACAAUGACGAAAAGGAGGCGUCCAACAACGCUGCGGCGAAGGAGGAGAAUGAGAAUGAGGAAAACGCAGAGAAGGGAAACCUAUUCUUACCAUCUGGAGUGUCCCCCCCCAUGACGAGUAGCUCAAAUAAGGAGGACAGCAAGAAAGGCUACGAUUUUCAUGGUACCAAUUCGUUCACUUUUAAGGGAGCCAAAAGUGUAGCCACCAGCGGAGAGGAAGACACCACUGGAAGGUAUGACAAACAUGGAGGUGGCGCCGCCCAGGGGAAUUCCAGCGAAAACACGCUGAGCAGAAAGAUGAUCAAAUUUGAAGCGGAUCAGAAGCAGCAACAAGAUUUUACCCACAGCACCUGUUUUGAGAAGGCCGAAAGUAAGGACAAUGAGGAGGACGAGGAGAACGCCCCCGAGAAGAAGCUAGGCAGUAUUAGCAGCAGGAGAGGCAUCCUAUCAGGGGAACAUUUCAACACGGAGGACAAAUUCAACCAGGGGUCCAGUGAAAAUGUAAAGCUAAUGAUGAGCACCAUGCUGUCUUCGGACAACAAUGGCAGCGAUGUGAAGGGGGAGAAUAACCCGCUAAGUGGGGGCACGCCAAAUAAUAAUAUCGACACCAAUUCGAAGGGAAAGACAAGGCGGUUUUUGCGAGCCGUAUGUUCCAAGUGUGGUACAGUACAGUUGGGAAAGUUGGCUCACUUUAGAAAGCACUGCGAUAAGUUAACGGACGAAGAGAAACAAGAAUAUGAAGAUAAAAGAGAAAAGCUAAAGCAACUUAUCGAACUGCUUAGUAAGAAAAAGAUACAGGAUGAACACACAGAGGAGGAGUAUAAAAAUAUGUCCAUUUUUAAAUUCAAAAGUUUGUAUAGCCACUUCCAAGAUAAGGCGGACGACAUUCUGGAGGACUGCAUCCGGGAGAUGAAGUGGGACGUGUUAAUAUCUUCCAAGAAAAAGGUCCCCAGGAAGGAGAAGGAAUCCAAACGAGGCAACCAUAGUAGCGGCCUCGGUAUUUUUAGCCCCUUAGGCAAAAUGGAUGAUGAGAAGAAUGAGGACAAUCCCAACAGUGGAGGCAGCACCAUGUCGAAAUCAAACCUCACCCAUUUGCUCUACAGCCAGCCGCUGAUCAUCAACUCGGACGGCUCCGACACGAAGGAUAUCAUUGAAAUAAAAAGUGACAUAACGGACGAGAUGAAGGAAAGAAUAAACGACGAAAUAUCCUCCAUCACCGGGAAGAGGAAAAAAUGUGUAAAAAAUACCAUCAAGAAGAUAAAGAAAAAAAAAAUGAAUGACAACGGAAACGCAGACGAAUCAGCCAACGUAAGUAACGCACAAAAUGAAAAUGCAAAUAAUUUAAAAAAACUAAAUUAUCUAAUAAAUCCAUUUCAUGAAAAAUUAAUUAAAGAUAUUCACAAUGCCAAUUUUAUUAGAGACUCAUUUAAUGACGAUUUUUUACUCAAAGCGAAGGAAUUCCUAAGAGUUACAAAAAAGAAAUUAAUUAACAACUCUUUUGUGGAAUGCGGUGCAGCCGGAGCAGGGGGACCAACCGACGUAGAUCUACUCAACUGCGUCGAUAAAGGUAGGAAGCUGAACCAAAAUGAUUUAGAAAAAUCGAUCAUUCAAAAUUAUCUCAAUAAGAUGAAGAGCUCACUAAAGAAUAGCACCUACUUGGAGAAAGCCAUUCCCGGGGAAAACCUCGUAGCCGAUGUGGCCUAUGCCAAGUCCCGCAUAAACAGUAAUACCAAUGCGACACACGAGAACAAAAUAAAUUUUAACCCAGAGCUGUAUAAAAAUAUCUUUGAAAAGAACACCAAGUAUUGCAUGUUCACGAAUAAGGGUUCCACCACGUCCACCACCCCCAGUCCCAACAUCAAAGAGAUGGCGGCUUCGUCCCUUUCCCACCCGAUGAAGGGCCUCGAGAAGGCAGAAGAAUUCAGUAGACACCAUCUCCCCAACAGCGGCAGCAGCAGUAGCAGCAACUUUGCCUCCAUAAACGACUUCAAUGUUGACAUUUUUAAUAUUGACAAAAAUAUAAAAUGUGAAGACAUAGAAAAGAAACUGCUAAACCUUUGCGCCAACACCAAUUUGAUGAAAAAAAAAAUGAUGCAAACUGAUAGGCAUGAACCCAAUCCAGAGAGAAGUGCCUCCCUCAACAUGGAUUCAAGAACGAAUUUUCACUUUAAGAAAAACGAACAACCCCCCUUCCAACGAGUCACCUCCUGUGCUGUAGACGGAAAUGUGGACUAUGAUAUAAAGAAAAUUACCAGCUCGUCCGAGGUCUGCGGAAAUAACAAAGUGCAGGAGUAUAUUCUCUACCGCAGGAAGAAGCCGAGCAAUAGCUCCAGUGCCAGCGGCGAGAAGAGCAGCGCGGGCAACUCCAAGGGGGGAGCAAUGGGAACCGCCAGUGCUAAGGGCCCCGGAAAUGCAAAGAGCCCCGGCAUGGUGAAAAGCGCCAGCAACUCGAAAAGCCCCGGCAUGGUGAAAAGCGCCAGCAACUCGAAAAGCCCCGGCAUGGUGAAAAGCGCCAGCAACUCGAAAAGCCCCGGCAUGGUGAAAAGCGCCAGCAACUCGAAAAGCCCCGGCAAUGUUAGAAGUCCCGGAAAUUCCAGGAGCCCAGGCAACGCCAAAAGUCCGAGCAAUACCAGAAGCCCCAGCAACACAAAGAGUAGCGGCAACGCAAAGAGUACAGGCAAUACCAAGAGUAGCGGCAAUACUAAGAGCAGCGGAAAUACUAAGGCUAGCGGCAAUUCCAAAAGCCCCAGCAACUCCAGAAGCACGGCCAAUGUGAAGAACGCAAGCAGCACCACCACCAACAACAGCGACGAUCGAAGCAGCCAAAGUAACAACGCGGACAAGGCGCACGACGAGUACAUGGCGAGCAGAAACAACCCAAGUAAAACGCUCCCGCAAGGAAACACCAACAAAAUGAACACCAUCAGUAGCGAAAACAUCUUGCAGCACCUGAAGUUGGAUGACGUCAAAAAUUUUAUCAUGAGUGCAGAGAGGAACAAGAAUGAUAAGCUCCCCCCGGAGGUGAACUGAACCAGCUGAAGGGGAGGGGUGGCACGCGGCCGCUGUUUCUCGCCCGCUGCGGAGUAUCUAUUUGUGUAAGGCUGUGCGUGGAGGGGGCGAAGUGGAGAACCCAUUGAAGUAAUAGAACCCAGCGCACGCGUCGCCCUCGCGGAAAUUCUUCACACCGUGCGUUAGAAUACGUGGCAUUUUGGAUAACCUACUAACGGUGAGCGCAUUUCUGAAGGGGUCCUCUUACCUUACGGAGAAGCCACAGAAGGAACGACGCAGAGGGAGUAUGCACAUACGUGCGUGCAGGGGAGAGGGCCCCAAUGGCACCGCUUAAAGGGGUAGCAACAAUUCGUUGCGUACAUUACCCGAAUGUAGGCGCCCCCCGGGGGAGCAACCCAUUUUGCCCAUGAACUGUAGUGCGUCCCCUCAUUUGCAGUGACUUCAAUUACUGUAGCGAAUUUUGUCAUAAAUUGAAGAGGCUGUUUGGGGGGGAAUUAUCCACUCGGGUUGAGUAGCGUCUCCUCAUUCAGGGGGUGAGGGAGCACCUCUGCAGAAGGUGUGCACAUAUCUGCCGUUUGUAUUUUAUAACCAGGGGACUGUAUGAGUAGGUGUAUAUUACAAUUUGUCGCAGAGGAGUUGAGGAAGCGAAUUCAAAACGAU